UCCUAUCAGAGCCUGAAUCACAGACAGUACCUUAGACUCUAAGCUUAGGCACCUUGUGCCUUGUUUCUGUGGCUAAGGAUUCUCAGAGUUGUGGGAUGCUGAAGAAGUUUAUCCCAAAAGCUCUCAUUCUACUUCCUCAACAAACUUCAUCAUGGCAUUAUCUCCCACCACUUGUUUUGGUCCAAGGGCAGAAAUGAGCAUCCUGGAAACCAAUCAGUACUUGCUCUCUGAACUGGAAAAGUGCAAAGAGAACUUCCAAGACCUCACAGAGAAAUUCCUGACAUCCAAAGCUACUGCCUACUCCCUGGCCAAUCACCUGCAGAAAUACAAGUGUGAAGAGUGCAAAGACCUUGUAGAAUCUGUGCUGGAGGAGGAGCUGCAGUUUCAGGAGAGAGAGCUGGCUGAAUUGCUGAGGCCAGCUGCAAGGCUCCGGAUACAUGAUCCCUUAAUUCAGGCUCAGGGUGAAGAACUGACCCACUUACGACAGAAGAUACAGGAAGGGAGAGGUGUCUGCUACCUUUUCACCCAGCAUGUGAAGAACACAGUCAAGUCUUUUGAGGGCCUUCUCAGGAACACUGGCAUUGCCUACUAGAGACAGAGAUUCCGUGAGCAAAUGGUGCAAGGAAGCCAGCUAACAGAGAUCCUUGUCAGAAAACUUGCCACAGAAUCACCCCCAAUUCUCACUAACAAACUGAGAAGAAAAAAAAGAAUUACCCCCAAGAACAUCUGAGGAAGCACAACAGCGACAGACUUGAAGGCACCUGGGCAGUCCUCUGGUUUUGGAGUAGAGAAAAUCACAAUGGUAAGAAAAAUGAAGACAGGCAAAAGCCACUGGCUCCCAGGCUCAGGAGGGAAGUCCAGGAGGAAGAAAUGGAUGAAGUCCUGGAGGACUCACUAGAUGAACAGUAUUUGACUCAUUCCAGCCACCAUGACUCCCACCAGCUUCCCAGCAGCAAUGCCUUCCUCCCUGAUGCACAGGAAGACCCCUCUGCUCUGGAUAUAGCCAAAGAUGAGAUCCAGAACCAGCAGCAGCACCUGAAGGAGACCCUUUUCAUCAACAACUGCCUGUGAGAAAAGCUAGAACGUCAUCACAGCAGCUUUGAUGAAGAAAAUGGUAGGAGAGGCCCAAGUCGGCCUGCUUCUGGCAAUAUGUAUUUUUGUAAAGGUGUGUGACUGGGGCAGUUUUAUAGAUUUCAAGCACUUUGACAUACUUUACUUCACUUAUUCAUUACAAAUGUCCCAGCUAGAGAGGUAGGGCAGCUACUAUCAUUCCUAUUUAUAGGUAAAUAAAUAGGCUUAAAGGUUUGCCUCCAUCUUAGAAGUAUCUACCUCUAAAAUCAUUCUUGUGAUUCCUAGACUGUCUGCUGUCUUCUGUCUGCUGCUGUACACUGCCUGCUGUCUCUCUGCUUCUUAUGUGAUUGGCAUUCAGUAGAACCCAGGUUUCUCAGCACCUCACGUAGCAGAAUGAGAGUCUCCUCUGCUGCCCUCCUCAUCAGCUUCCCUUAUGUCUCAGUUACUCUUCAUUCUACCACCCCAAGGUGGUUCUCUCCAACCCCCCUCCUCUUAGAUUGUUCUCACACAGAGGCCAUCAUUUCAUAACAUUGUGCUGGGCCAGAAGAACCAUAAGCAGGUCCCUUCCCAUACCAAAGCAGCAAAUAUUUCAGAAAAGCCUCCUUCAUAUUGCAGCCAUUGGACAUGAUAAUACAUGUGAUGUGCUGGCAUUUGUUGAGAAUCAUGAGAAAAUUAAGCUACUGCCCCAUCACACUAAAGUUCCUGCCCUGAGUCCCCACGGUUUUCUCCCUUGGCUAAGACAGGAAGACACGAAAUGAGCAGAAAGCAUUCUCUUAAGCAAACGUGUAUAACUUGCCUAAAUUGUAAUUAUUUCCUGGAACAGGAUGCACCUCUAACCUCCACAGGCAGAUCAUAGAUUCCAUUUUCCAGCUGUAUAAUGAAAACAGAGUUCUCAGAGAAUAUCGGAGACUCCCCCGACUUGCCUGAAUCAAAUUUCCAGAGAUAAGUGGUAAAAGGCUACAAUAUGAAGUCACUCUCAGAUGGGUCCCUUCUCUUGUCACACUCCACUGUAGAAACAAAAGAGGACGGGGAGGCCAGAGCUGCUCAAAACCUUAUAACCCACAAUUCUCAUAGUUAUUCUCAACUUAGAGAGGGCUGAUUUCUAGACGCACCCCCUCCAGGCCCCCAGACUGCCAGGCUCCAGGAAUAAGUAGCUCUGAGAAAUACAGUAUUUCGGCGCAAGCCACACUCCACUAUUGCAAAUUGGAGAAGAGAAGGACAAACUUAAAAGGUGAAAAGAUUUAAGAGAACAAAAUGGUGAAACCCCGUCUCUAAUAAAAAUACAAAAAUUAGCUGGGCGUGGUGGCACGUGCCUGUAGUCCCAGCUACUCAGGAGGCUGAGGCAGGAGAAUCACUUCAACCUGGGAGGCAGAGGUUGCAGCGAGCCAAGAUUGAGCCACUGCAUUCUAGCCUGGGUGACAGAGCAAGGCUCCAUCUCAAAAAAAAAAAAAAAAAAAAAAAAAAAAACAAGAAAGAAAGAAAGAAGAAAACAAUUAUUUUAAUUGAAUACAUUUUGUCAAGAUUAAAUCAACUUUCCCCUAGAGUACUGAAAGAAUAAGCAAUCAUAAUUUAGAUUCUAAGUUACUGGUCUUUGAGAAAGUGUGAAAACCAAAAAGGUGCCAUAAGCCAAAAAAGGAGCAAAAGUCCUAAUUUUCAAACCGAUGAAAAUGAAGUACUAAAAAAUUGAAAUCAUCAUAGUUCAUCUUGGUCCUUGGCAAAAUACAAAUUUAUUGAUUGAAAUUAUAGUAUCCUAGCUACCUUAUUGUGCCUAGCUCUUACCACUGAGGAGAAAAACCAAACACAAACAAAAGUAUGUUCAAAUUGGCAAAAAUGUUUAGAAACCUGCAAAAUCUCUUCAGUCUAUCCCUUAAACUCCAGACUUGGUAUUUACUAAGAUCUGCUGUGUACAAUACCCACCUUAAUAUCCAUUCUUGCACAAGUUCUGUUAGGUAUAAGCCAAGAUCACAUGGGAUUUUUUUUCCAACCCUCUCCUGCCUAUGUUUGUUUUUGCUUCCAAAGACCCUUCUGAGUAAGGACUGUCCUCAGACUACUGGAGUCACUUAGUCACAAGCUUGCCUGAGGCUCAGAGCUGGCAAUACCUGGGAGUUUAUGUCAAUCCCACAGCACCCAGCAACCCUGCCUGCAAAGUAUUUACCCAUGAUUGACAGGUGCAGGUGUAUGAAAGUCCAGCUCCUUGGCUUCAGGGGUGCCUUUGUGGUGAAUUAGCUUUGGGAAAAGGGAAUCCAGAGGCCAACUUUGUAAAAAUCCAGAUAGAUAAAUGGAAAGAAAUCUUUGCCUUGGAAGUCCAAUUGAGAAAGAUAGUGAUUUACUUGAGACUGUGAAAAGAGAGACUAAAAUCUUUACUUUCUCAUGGGAAAGAAGCCUAUGGUGAAAGAGAAACAAAGAGAAUGGUGGGAAAUAGGGUGGGUCUACUCAGUAGCUUUAAACCAUUCUGUCAUAUUAUAAAGCCUGGUGAGGUUUUAACUAACACAAGUGCCUGGACUCUACACAUAGAGAUUCUGAUUUAAAUGCUUCCAGGUGGGUGGAAGACACUAGUAGUCUUAAAAAGCUCCCAAGUAAUUUUAACAUGUGGCUAAAGAUGAAAAGGACCAUCUAUCUACUAGAAUGUCAAGUCACCAGCAUAGAAGUGUCCCAAAUGUGCAGCUACCUCAUAGAAAAGGCUUAACCCCACCCAUUGAUGGAAUUUGCCUUCCUCCCUCCAUGGUCUUGUUUGCAUAGCAUGGAAAAAAAGAGAAGAGAAAAAGAGGUAGAUGGAUAGAUUGAACCAAUAAUUUGCCUAUGUAGAGCAGUUUCUCAAACUUUUCUAACCACAAGAUGCAGUGAGAAAUAUACAAUUCUUUGUGAUCAGUUUUUUAAAAAUCUUUUACUAUGUGUAAUCCACCCUACCUAGUAUUUAAAUAAAGCCUGUAGUAGUAAGCAGUCCACUAUAUUGAUUUCACAACCAUAAUUUGUUCAGAAGUGCACUUAGAAAAUUUUUACUUUUGGUCAGGGUGGUGGCUUGUGCCUGUAAUCCCAGCACUUUGGGAGGUUCACCUGAGGUCAAGAGUUUGAGACCAGCCUGACCAACAUGGAGGAACCCUGUCUCUACUAAAAAAAAAAAAAUAGCUUGGCAUGGUGGUAUAUGCCUGUAAUCACAGCUACUUGGGAGGCUGAGGCAGGAGAAUUGCUUGAACCCUGGGGGUGGAGGUUGUGGUGAGCCGAGAUUGCACCAUUGGACUCCAGCCUGGGCAACAAGAGCGAAACUGUCUCAAAAUAAAAAAGAAAGAAAAAGAAAGAAGGAAAAAAGAAAAAAAAUUUUUCACUUUUGCUCAGGCUUUUUAUCAAGCAAAAUCCCAAAAGGACAUUUACUGUAAAAGAACAUCGACUAUAAACAUCUUUCUGUGAAUCUUUAUUUCUGUCCCAGCCACCAUGACCCAAUAAUCUCUAAAGCCUGUUAGUGUUCUCCAGAUUGAAGCCUUCCCUCUAACUGCUCCUAAACUCUGUGAUGUAGUGGGAAAGGUUUGAGGCCUCGAUUCUCAGCCCAGGUUUUUCACCUAGAGAUCAUAUGGCCUUAGCCUCUUGACACCAUUGUCUCCUUAUGGCCAAAUAUGGACCUGAACUUGGGUGGUAUCUGAGCACCCUGUUGGCUUUGACAUUCUAGGGCUCUUCCCUUGGCACCACUCUCUUAUUUAAAAGGAAUAGGAUGUGGACUUAGGAGGGCUUUUUCUCUGCAAACUAUCCUCUCUUUCUUAUGACAAGCUAUUUCUGAAUGUGCAUACUUGAGGCUAAGCAAAUCCCUUCCUGGGAGGUGUGAAAGAUCUUUAUUUCUCUCCAGAGGAGUAUUAUGGAGAGUCAGUUGAUGCUGAGGAGGUGGUAGAGACCUAGCUAACUCAUCUUCAGCAGCUUUGAGCAAGGCUUUUAGAAUCAUAAGGUGGCUGGGGUCCUGUGUCCUACACCACAGGCCAGCUAGUUCAUUUCAGGAGACUUUCUUUUCAAUCUAUUAUUACUAUCUUCUUCUAGACUGUAGUUCACUACCAGAGAUUAUCCACUUAGCUGCACUCAGUUUGCACCUGGCCUGUAUCACCACUUAGCUCUCACUCUAGCCUCAGUUAGGUAUCAGCAAGACCUCACCAAAGAUUAUUGUUUCACUGUAUGCGUGUGUGUGUGUUUUUGUUUGUUUCAGAUAACAACUAAUGUUAGAACUAUGGAAAGCUCUUCUCUACUUUUAACAAAGCUUAGUCACAAACAGUUCCCCAGUUGAUGAGAAAAACCAAAACAACAGAACAAUUGAAAGUCCAAAUCUGAAAGCUCCAUCUCUGAGAAGCAAAUUUUAUAGCCACUCCAGAUUUGUAUCCAAAUGGACAGUUUGAUUGUAGAAAUCACAUCCCUUCCGCCUGCAAAUGUGAUAACUGCCCAAGAGACAGUGAUGCCUAGAUCCAUAGAUAAUCCCCUUUCCCCCAUCCUAUGUAUAACUGGAGUCAACAGCAGCUAGAGGAAAAUGGCAAGGACUUGGAACCAAGAUUAAGUUAGAAUAACACUGCUGUAGACUGCUUAUCAGCUCUUCAGCAUAUGUCCAUUUUCCUUGAGGGAUGAGCGUUUAGAAACCUCUGACAAUAAAGUUUAUUUUACACACA